AUGGUGUCUUGUCCAACCCACGUGAUGCUGAAAUGGCAGGAGCACCUGAACAGCUCCUGGGCAAGCGAGGACAGCAUUCAAACAGCCACGCGCCAUGGUGCUGCCAGCCUUUAUGCCAAGCUGCUCCACAACAAGGAAGUUGUAGGACUGGCUCAGCCAGUCCAGGAUCUGAUGGGCCCACGUCUGCCUGAUUUUCAGUACGAGUCUAGCGCUGAAGAUGAGAGAGAGGAGUAUCUCUCUGCACUUCUGCACAGCCAACGCUGCCUGGCCCAUCGUAUGCUGUCAUGGACUCCUUACGCCUUGGCGCUACAUCACAGGCUGGUGGUGCUACAACGGAUCUACUACUCCCUUCACAGCAAGUACCAUGACCGUUUUCGGACCCCGCCACCCCCGCAGCCCUCCUCUAGCUCUGACGCUGGAGCUCUUGAACCAGUCUCAGAAACCUGGCUGCCAGGAUCACGGGCCAAAUCUGGCACAGAUGUGUUGAUAGAGAUGGGUGUUCGGACUGGCCUGAGCCUGCUGUUUGCUCUUCUGCAGCAGAACUGGCACCGGGGGCGUGAAGACCCCAGUGCGGCGCUGUGCAACGACGUCCUGGCCACAGCCUCUUCCGUUCUCUCUUCCCUCCCGCCCCUCUCGCUGGCCAAUGAGAACAAAAUCCCAGCAGUAGGGCUGGACUGCCUGACUCAAGUGGGUGACUUCUUGAAGAAGACGGCAGUCAGCAGUGGCGGUGCUGACAAGGCAGGACGCAGGCUGGCGCUAGAGCUACUGCUGGGACUAGCCAUGCAGAGAGGUUCUCUGCGCUUCCUUCUGGAGUGGGUGGAGGUGGCACUAGCUGCCUCGGCAUCAUCUUCCUCGGGGUCAGAGGGUGCUGGUGUGGGGUAUGACCUAAUCCAGCAGAUGCUGCUACAGAUGAGGCAGCACUCGGGUUACCGUGGUGAGCCUGCCAAUACUCAGGUGCUGAAGAAAGAUGCAGAUGGACUCUGUAGUCUCUCACAUGUCGCUCUCUGCCUCUUUGAAGAGAUCUGUAACCUAGCAUCUAACUGCCUGUGUGCGUGUAGCACAGGAACAGGCUCCUCUGGCACUGAGACUGAUGCAGUCAUGGUGUAUGUUUGGGGCAGUAAUAGCAGCCAUCAGCUGGCAGAGGGAACACUGGAGAAGAUCCUACAGCCCAAACUUGCACAGGGCUUCAGUGAUGCCCAGAUGAUUGAAGCGGGCCAGUACUGUACCUUCUCAGUGUCUGCCGACGGCUCUGUGAAGGCCUGCGGGAAGGGCAGUUAUGGUCGGCUGGGAUUGGGUGACUCCAACAACCAAUCAAUGCCUAAAAAACUAGUGCUGGACCCACCAAGGAACAUGCGAAAGGUGUCAUCAUCCAAGGGCUCCGACGGGCACACACUGGCAGUGACAGAGGAGGGAGAGGUCUUCAGCUGGGGAGACGGAGAUUAUGGAAAAUUGGGACACGGGAACAGUGCCACACAGAAAUACCCCAAAAUCAUCCAAGGCCCUCUGCUAGGCAAGGUGGUGGUCUGUGUGUCUGCAGGAUACAGACACAGUGCAGCGGUAACUAAUGAUGGAGAACUCUACACCUGGGGAGAGGGAGACUUUGGAAGGCUCGGGCACAGCGAUAGCCACAGCAGAAAUGUGCCGACCCUGGUGAAGGACAUCAGUGGAGUGGGUCAGGCAGCGUGUGGGAGCUCACACACCAUCGCCGUCGCUCAGGAUGGGCGUAUAGUCUGGUCCUUCGGUGGAGGAGAUAAUGGAAAACUGGGUCACGGAGACACUAAUCGUGUGUACAGACCCAAGGUCAUUGAAGCACUGCAUGGAUACAUCAUCAGGAAAGUAUGUGCUGGGAGCCAGUCUUCACUUGCUUUGACUUCUGCUGGCCAGGUGUUUGCAUGGGGCUGCGGCUCAUGUCUGGGUUGCGGGUCAUCUGAAACAACAGCACUCAGACCUCGACUCAUCGAGGAACUGAGUGUCACCAAGAUAAUAGACAUCUCCUGUGGAGACAGUCACUGCCUCGCCCUGUCUCAUGAAAAUGAGGUGUAUGCUUGGGGUAACAAUGCCAUGGGGCAAUGUGGGCAGGGUCAUACCUCAACACCAGUCACAAAACCCAAAAAAGUGAUUGGCCUAGAAGGAGUGUCAAUCCAGCAAAUAACAGCAGGCACCUCCCACAGUUUGGCUUGGACUGCAGUGCCCACAGACAGGCAGCUUGUGGCUUGGCACCGGCCUUUUUGUGUGGAUCUGGAAGAGAGCACAUUCACAUACUUGCGAAGUUUUCUGGAACGCUACUGUGAUGGCAUCAGCACUGACACGCCCCCUGCACCCUUCUCCUCUAAGAAGGAGCAUCAGCAGUUUGUGUUGCUCUGUAUGAAGCUGCUAUCCAUCCACCUGUCUCUGGCCCAUGCUGGGGGCACUGGGGCUUCUGUUCUGGGUGCCCAAGAAAGACCACUUCGCAACCUGCUCUUCAGGCUCAUAGACUCCAAUGUCCCAGACUCCAUACAACAGGCGGUGAUGAGCACACUAUCAAUUGGAGCAUCUCUGUUACUGCCUCCUCUUCGAGAGAGAACAGAGCUGCUACACUCACUGCUACCUCAGGGCCCUGAGAGCUGGGAAAGCCUUUCCAAAGGCCAGCGUCUGCAGCUGGACAUGGUGCUGAACAGCUUGCAGGAGCAGAGCCAUGUAGCCUCUCUGCUGGGCUACAGCUCUCCAGGGGAUUUGACAGCCAGUGUUCCCCCUCCUCCAACCCCUGACCGGGCCCCUGGCAGCACAGAGGGACUGGAUCAUCUCCAUCUGGCUGAGGUCCUACUGAAGACCUUAUUGCUCAGCAUCGGCUUCUAUACGGAGCGAGCCUUCGGUGAGUUGGAGAAGAACAGUGAUAAACAGCAGCUCAAUCAAAGGCAGAAACAGACUGAGCCUCCCUCUCACUUCCAUCACCUUCUGUCUGCCCUGCACAAACACCUGCUGGCCCACUGCUACAUCUACACCAACACUGAGGAUGACAGCAGUGUGACAUUGCUCCAUAAACACCUGUGCUUGCUGCUGCCCUGUGCCACUGAGACUUUCAGGAGGUCCACCAUUCUGCUGGAGGAGAGCUCACUGGACAAACAUGUUAUCCACAGAUUGCACACGGUGUUGUUUGGCUCUGUGGCUGGGAGUCUGUUGUGCCAGGUUACAUACUCUCUGCUUUUGCUGCCUCUGGGUGUGGUCCGGCCACUCUUGCCUCACCUGCUUUCUCUGCUGGAGCACCUCAACGAACUGAACUGCUUUCUCCCUACCACGGGCCUUCUGGAGGAACUGGAACUGGAGGGAGCAACCCCAGGUGAGAUUAAGACAUGCAUACAUUCAGAGGGAGCUGGGCAAGCCACUGGAGCAGAGACAGAGGAAUGGAUGUGGCUUCUGGAUCUAGAGAGAUCUGUGGCAUUGGUAAUUGGUCGUUGUCUGGGAGGGAUGCUACAGGGCCCGCCCCUAUCCAUCCAGGAGAAGACAGCAGAAUUUUGGCUAUGCAAUCCACUGCUGAGGAAUGGCCUGGAGAUGAACUUUGAACAACUAGACAAUGCAAUGGGAUGGCUGACUGAAGCGGUAUUUACCGGUUGCUCCGACGCUCGGUUAGCCGAUCUGGAACUUUCUGAAGAGAACAGAACACUGCUGGAACUUGCCCUUGGCUCCUCACGAGAUCCAGCCUGUGCCCUGUGGAGAAAGAUGAAGGAGUACGCUGUCAGCCAAGAUUGGGAUAGUGGAGGUCCAGUGUGUGACUCCUUGUUGGAAACAGCAUGUCGCUGCUGUCUGGCUGCUUUACUCAAACACACUGGCCUACAGGACGAAGCCUAUUGGCAGGACAAGUAUCAGCCGUGUGAGAUGCUGACUGAAAUUUAUCAGACGGUGUAUAAGGUUCGGAGCACGCUCUUGUCUUACAAGGAAAGCACCGCAAGUGCAGCUAACCUUCAAGCAUCAUCUGCCACUAAACAGUCCUACGCUGAUUCUUUCUAUCUGAAAACCAAACCUAUUCAGAACUCUCUGGGUUCCCUGAGCCCCAGCGAGGACCGUCAGGAGCUGGGCACGUCAGGGGAGCAGGCAGGGAGGGAGCACGAGACAAUGGGCCAGAUGUCUUCGGCUGAGCAUAAUCAGGAUGAACCACCAGAGGAAGAGACCCCCAGCAUCAGCAGUAUGUACUUGCCCGAGGUACUGCAGUGUUUUCUUGCUACACGGGAGGCUAUGCAGCUCCAGCAGAAUGAGACAGUGUAUGAGUCUUCAGGGACCAGUACUCUGCCCAGCAGCACUGAAAGCCCUGGUACCCCAGAGAGAGAGCCCCCAACCAGGCAGUGGGAACGUCACCAAGCCUCUGAGGAAGGGCUCUCCUUCCCUGCAGCCUGCCACCAAGUGGUGUCACGCUGUCUCUUCCUGGUGCUGGGUGUCCGACCAGCAUGGCAAGAGGAGAGUGAGCCCAUAGACGCGCAGACAGAGCGUCACACGACAAGGAAAUCCAGCUCCUCCACAGAAGGACUUAGCAGUAAGAUGGAAUAUCGAUUUUCAGUAGAGAACAGGAGGGAAACGGAGAGAGAGACCUCAGAUCAAUCAAGGAAUUCCUCAGGGUCCUUUAAAAGCAAAAUGGGGUUGCCUCUGUGUUCUCUUGGCAUUAUGAAGGAUGCAUGGGAGCGUUUACGCCAGUGUAUAAGCCCUACCACAACUCUGAGCCCAGGUACUGCUGACACACCCAUCCUAGGCCAGGUCUACCACUUCCUCUGUGGCGGCCUGGUCAGAACCUCUGCCCUGGUGGAGAGGGAGGUGGGCGGACAGGCCGACCCUAAAGCCAUCACUCUGGCGAUGGUCCAGCAACAGCAGCGGGCAGAGGUGCGUUUAGAGGCUCUCUGUCAGGUGUCUUCAUUCCUACAUGAGAUUGAGGGGAAGAGCAGUCUCUCAGCAGCGCCCCCACGCUUCCCUGGUCUUCUGCAGUCAGUGCAGCUCCAGUUUCUCUCUGGUUGCUUUGGCCUGGGGACUUCAAUUACAGGCAGCCAACCAAGUGAUAAACUCCACCACUACACUGCUGGGACUCAGUCAGCACAUAUGAGCACACAGAGAGAGCUGCAGGCUGCAGCACACACUCUUUACCAGCAGGUGGUGCGUGUGCUCCGUCAGAAAGUCAUCUUAGAGAAAGAACAGAAAGAGUCUUACAAGCACUUGCUCCUAGCCACUGUGUUUGCCUUGAACUUCCAUUACCAGCCCGUUGAUGUGAUGAUCAUCAUUCAGAGUGGGAUCCUGGAUAUUCUGUCCACUCUGACAGAUAACUCCUGUGUAUUGAUGAACCAGCGCUGGCUGGCUGCCUCAGUGUCUGGACACAUGCUGCUGAGUGGAGCGGUCAAACUGGCUAGUGCCAGACUACUGCAGAUACUGGCCAUCUCCGCCAGUUCCUGUGAAGAUUCUCUGCCCUUGGAUGUUUCUGAAGCGCUAAUGGAUGUGAUGUGUGAACAGCUGCAGGGUCUGUUACAUACUGUUCACCAGCAGGAGGCAGUAGAGAGCAAUGCUGCAGAUGACACAGAACAUGACAACACUAUCAAGAGGCCCAAACAAGACAGUGAGGUUGUGGAGUCCCAGCUUGCUGAUUUCUUAGUGUUUCUCAGGCGUAUUCUUUCACUGAGGGUGACCAAGACAGUCACUGCCUUCAUUAAGUGGAUUAACCCACUGAUGACCAUUAUCUCCUAUAAGUGUACCUCAGGUUCACCUUGUUUCCGUAAUCUUCGCACUAAACUCUUGGCCUUCCACAUUCUGGAAGCUCUAUUACCAGCCUGCUCUGAGCCUGCUCAGAUCAAACAGAUUGUCGAACAACUGUUUGGGCUUUUGUCCACUUAUAUGUGGGAGGAACCUUUAGCAACAAAGAAGGAUGUAGAAAAAGUGUCUGAAAGCGUAAAGAAGGAAGUUGACAGUGAGGAUGAGUGUAUACCUAUUGGGGAUUUCUCCUUUGACCCACACAAACUGACCUGCUGUUCACUGGAGAGUGGCAAUGUGCUGUCCCAUGGGUCAGGGGGCAAAGGCUACGGCCUGGCUACUACUGCCAUCACGUCCGGCUGCUUCAUCUGGAAGUUCUACAUCACCAAGGAGAAUAAGGGCAAUGAAGGGACCUGUAUCGGUGUGUCUCGCUGGCCCAUCAGGGACUAUAACCACCGCACUACCACAGACAUGUGGCUGUACCGAGCCUACAGCGGCAGCCUGUACCACGGAGGGGAGCUGGGCCGAGCUCUACCCUCCUUCACACAGGGGGACACCAUCACCUGCAUUUUGGACAUGGAGGCCAGAACCAUCUCCUUCGCCAAGAAUAACAGGGAGCCCAAGUUGGCUUUUGAAGGGGUGGAUGCCACAGAGCUUUAUCCUUGUGUGCUGUUCUACAGCAGCAACCCAGGAGAGAAGGUGGCGCUCUGUGACCUUCAGAUGAGGGGCAUGCCUAGUGACCUGUUGCCAGGGGAACCGUUGUGUAGCCCACGGACCACGGUUCUACUGGAAGCCACUGUUCAGCUCCUCAGACGCCUACAUCAGAAUGAGAACUGGACCAGACACAUUAACCAGCACAUGCUGAACAGAUUGGGACGCAUCACUCCAAUCAUGACAGAGAUAACACCUACGAGACCAGGGGAGGGUGGAGUCAUGGAGAAAGAGAGGAGUCAAGGAGAGAGUGGAGCAACUUCAGGGAAGUUUCCAGAACAUCUCUCUGGCCCGUCAGGUCUGUCUGAGACCCAGCUUAGCUCCUUGUGUUCUGAAGUGUGGCCUGUUCUGGCCCUCAUUGGAGGGGUGGAUAGUGGGCUUCGUGCAGGAGGUGUCUGCCUCCAUAAGCCUAGCGGUCGAAGAGCUACCCUACUCGGAGUCCUGAAAGCAGGAAGCCCCCUUGCUAAGCUCCAGUGGGAGGAAGCUGACCUCACCGUUAGCUUCCUGAAUUCUUGGUCACCCAGCGACACUCCUCUGUCUUCUUUGGAGCCCUGUGAUGUGCCUCAGCUGGAUGUAUCUCGUGUCCAGGGUCUAAAGCCCUCUGUUCUGUUAGACCUCAUCCUCCUCACGGGAAUCCUGGAAGAACAGGAACCCGAAGUGGGACCUGGAAUCGGAGCGGGAACAGCAAAAUCUGAAAGAAGCUUCUCCGAUGCUGUCUCACGCAGUGACCUGGAACGUCGGCUAGACGAGGACAUCGCCCGAAUCAUGAUGGAUGAAGAGAUGCCCGCGGGGCAAACAGAGGAAGAGAGAAAACAAACAAAAGAAGAUGAGCAUGGCGAAACACACUCCCCCAAAACCUCCAGGCACUUUUCAGAGGACAACGAAAACACUCCCUGCCCAACAGUACCCUCCCAGCAUCACAGACCUGAUCUGUUUUCUCUAGAACUCCGUGCAGUGCGCAUGUCCUACCUGCUCCUGGGUGCAUUAAAAUCCCUGGCAGUCAUCCUGAGCUGUGGGAAGUUCACAGACCUGCUCCUGGUACCAAAGCCUGACCCCGGAGUUGCGGUGGUAAGCCCUGACCCUGCUAAGGGCUCUGUGUCUGGGGAAGACAUUGCAGAGCUGCGAUCUGUGCUCCAGUUUGUGGUGAGAAGUAUGGUGAAGUGGGCCGUGCGACCGUGCCCCAUCAAACAAGCAGUUUCCCUGUCAGACCUGGAGAGGGCACAGGUUAUGAUCUUUAAGGGUGCUCUAAACAAAUUACAUGAGGACAGUGGGAGCAAAGACCACAAAGAUUCUGGGGCUCACUCUUCCUCUCAACCGGUGUCUAAGUCGUCCAGCUCCGUCUCACUGUACAGUAACGGCUCUGAAGGAACGGCUAUAUUCGGUCAGUCUGCCUCCCCAUCCAGCAAUGAUCUGGCAGCUUCACUACUUACAGCCCUGCAUGCGGAUGGCCUGGAAAACUUUAACCCCUUCCUGCCUAUCAACCUACUGCAGCGGAUGGUUUUAGCACGGUUUCCUACAUUAGCUGGCCUGGUCCAUAACCCCACUCUUCCCCCCGGCCUAAACCUGGCUUCUUCCGCCUGUUGCGAGCCUCUGACAGAGCUCCAGACCAGCUUCCUGGAGCCCUGCGGCCAGACCAGGGCCACUGUGGAACACCCCCAAAUCUUUGUCCCAGUACGGUUGUUAGAAAUGGGCUUCUCUAUGAGGCAUAUCUACAAAGCCAUGGAAGCAGCAGGAGUCACUGGUGAAGUGGACCCACGCACCAUUGAAGUGUUGGCUAGCUGGAUGCUGGAACAUCCUCUAGUUGAGGACGGGCAGGCAGGAGAGGGUUCGUCAGCAGGGGGCACCGUUGAAACCCCUUCCCCUGAGGGCCCAGAGACAGUCCAGUGCCCUGAAGCUCCAGCUCCACUCACCCUACCAGAGAGCACAGAACCCAGUGAAAGUCUGUUGGCUGGUCUGGAUUUGGUAGAGAGGGAGAACUUUCUGGAUGUUCAUCUGACCCGUAACAGACCUCCUCCUGCCCGUCGGCAGCGUUCUGGUCUCACUCAGAGAACCUCCCCUAGAAGAGCAGAUUCACCAUCACCAAAUCCGGCUCCAGCACUGUUUCGGCAAGAAGUGGGUGGGACUGACUGGGCGGACCAUGUGGAAACACACCCAUUUGGAGCAGAGGAGGAGUCUGAGCUAGGUUACAUGGAUGAUCCAUAUCAGGAGGAAACCUAUGAGGAGCUCCUUACACCGGAGUUCAUCAGCUCAGAGAGAGAUACGUUGUGGUUGGUCGAGGGAGGUGAGGAGCACCCAGAACCUCAUGAGAUGGUGGAGUGCGAGUUGUGCAGCACACUCACACUGCAGUUUAAUAACCAUAUGAAACGGCAUCACCCCGGCUGUGGCCAGAGUGCAGGGCGCUGUGGUUACCGUAGCAAUGGAGCUUACGUGGAUGGCUGGUUUGGCGGAGAGUGUGGCUCAGGCAGCCCCUACUACCUGCUUUGCAAUGUAUGCAGGGAAAAAUACCUGACGGCCAACCUGGGAGAGCAUGGCCCCAAGCAUGACAGGAUAAAAGGGGUGGCAUCCGAUCUGAUUGGAAGACUGGACAGCACAUCAGACGAUGACUGGGAGUUGGAGCAGCAGGAAGACAGUGACACUGACAGGCUGACUGGGCUGGAAGAUUUUGAGAUUCUGCUGAGGCCUCUGGGUUUGAGUGAGAAGAAACUGGUACCAGACCCAAUCCCCUUUACUGAACACGACCCCCUCGGAGCGCUCAUCUACGGGCCCCUCAGUGGAGAUAAGGGCCUGCUUUAUAAAGGCAUGGUCAGCACAGAACUUAAGAGUACUUCUGUUCCGUUGAGUCUGGGGGAGCAGGCUGCCUCUCUGAGGGACCCUCAGGAGAGACUGCUCGCGCUGAGGAGAGUGACCUCCACUGCACAGAUCCUACUGGCCUACAGCAUGGUUAUGAGAGCUCUCUCUCAGAUCUCCUCAAGUACUUCCAUGUGUAGUCAGUCAAGUGGCCUGGAAGCUCUGGGUUUAGCAGAUAUCCGUAUCUUGGUGCGAUUGAUGUGCCUGGCAGCGGGAGGGAGGGUUCAUUCUGGUGCGGAGCAGCAAGGAGUAGGGCGUGGCACCACAACUGACCGCACAGGCUCCACCUUUCUGUCCUUCCUGAGUUCAGCCAUCGGCAGUCUGGUUUCUCACAAUCCGGUCGCAUAUAGAGAGCUAGUGGACAUCUGCACUCAGGAUUUAAUGGCUGCUGCUACAGGCAUGAACAUCGGGGCUAUCACUGAUCCACGGCAGGGAGCACGUCUGGCCUCCGGUCUGAAAGGGCUACCACGCGACACCAAGGAACUAACGCCACCUACCUUCCUAGUGACCCAGAGCCUGGUGUCUCUGCUGACAGAGAAGGGCAUCCGCUACCGCUACAGCUCUGAGAGAUCGGAGUCCACUGAGUCUAGAGAUGGAGGGAGUCCUCCUGCUACCUCUCAGACACGGGUACGUGUGGGUCCGCUAGAGCUGGCCAAUGCUUUGGCAGCCUGUGUCCUCUCUGCCAGACUGACCAGUAGGCACCGGCAGUGGGCGGCCCAGAAGCUUGUCCAGGCCUUGGCGGCGUCUGAAAGAGACAACCCCAUACGACCACAGACUUACAGCGACAUGGCCGGAGACCUCCGCAAGUGCCAUCUGAGAAAACUUGAGGGACAUCAGAGCAGAGUAACAAGCUGCAGUUGGAACAGUGACCAGGGCCUGUUGGCCACAGGCUCUCAAGAUGGGACAGUCCGUCUGUGGGACAUCUCUCAGAACUCAGCUGAGCUGAAACACACACAUACUUUCAACAUCGGGGAAGAGGAUCAGAGCUCUGAGGGCUCAGUUGGAGCUCACUCUCUGUCAUCAGUGAGCUGGAGUCCAGGAGGAAAACUACUGGCUGCCUUCCACAGCAAAGUCAUCACCAUCUGGACUGUCAACGGCUCUAAAGGACACACGGUGGCUCAGCCAUCGUGGGUUACGGUUUUAUCCUGGGUACAGACGUCCACUCCUUUCCCAAGCCAAGGUGCCUCAUGCCAGCCAAGCUGUCCUGACAGCCUGCUGGUGGGCCGGUUGGAUGGCUCCCUCUGCUGGCUCGAGAUCUCAGAAGAUCUCCAAUCAGACUGCACAGAGCUGACUCACUGCCAAAGAAAAGAGACUCCUCACUGUUUGGCGUGGUACAGUGUGGAUAAACCCUUUGCUGUGGGUUACCCUGAUGGCAAGAUCUUGUUGGCUACAGCUGAGCACUAUGAAACAGAACAACCUGUAUUACUUACUGCUUUUCCUGAAAGUGUAAGUGGGCUGAAAUGGGAUCCCACUGGUCACCUUCUGCUGUCUGUGGGGCGCUCUGAGGUGGUGAAGAUUUGGGGCCGAGCAAGCGCAGCGUGGGUGACCCUCCACUCACUCUUCCAUGCAGGCACGGUGAACACAGCCGAGUGGUGCCCUCUGGCUGGCACUGGCUCUGACCCUCGCCUAAUGAUGGCAGUUGGCUGUCAAAAUGGCCUCCUGUAUGUGUGGACUCUUCCACAAGGUGGCAGUAGUGUGUCAGUGCCUAAUUUCCUCAGCACGUCUACCGGCCAGGAGAAGAGUGGUGCAGUCAAGCGUGGUAGUGCAAAGUGUGUGUUCCGACUGAGUGGACACAUCACUGCUGUGAAGACAUUGUCUUUCUGUCCAAGUGGACUUGCCCUGGUGUCUGGGGGUAUUGGGGGUCUACUCAAUAUCUGGUCCCUGAGAGAUGGUUCAGUCCUGCAGACUGUAGUGACAGGGCUUGGCUCAGUGGUCUGUACCACCUGGGUACCAAAUGUGGGUGUCACUACCUGCUCCGGGAGGUCAAAGGAUGUGUUGCUGAUUCGUUGCACGCCUGACUGGAUCUCUCAGAACCAUGCUCUGUCCUCCUGCCGGACUGUCCUAAGAGCCCAGGGCAUUCUGGGACUUAAUCGUGCACCAUGCAUGGCCGUGUUCUUGGAACGCCUUCCAAUACUCCUCCAGGAGCAGUACAAUUAUGAGAGGAGUCAUGUGAUGGUAGGAGAUCAGCUGGUUCACAGUGCCUUCCUACAGAGUCUUGCCUGUCUGACGGUGGGGCUGUCCCUGGAUCAGCUGCUGUGUCGCCAGCCCAGACCACCCCACCAUGCUAGUACAGGGUCUGAACCAAAUUCCUGUCCCUCUGAGUGGAGCUGGCUCUCCACCUUCUCCACCACCAUUAAGAGUGCUGAAGCCUUCGCACGAGGCUCUGUCUUCCCAGAGGCUUUCACUGUCCCCGAGUUCCAGCAGCCUGGUGCCACCGAAACGAGCAAACCUCUGGAUAACAGUAAAUGGAGCUUCAUGAUGGAUGAGCAGCUCAUGUCUUGGGCCACCAACAGACCUGAGGACUGGCAGCAGGGUGGUAAGAGUGAAGUGUACCUGUGGGGUAACGGACGACACGGACAGCUGGCAGACGCUGGCACCAACCUGACGGUGCCCACGCUUGCCCCCUCCCUUUCCCAGACACAACAGGUUGUGUGUGGACAGAACUGCACAUUCUUAGUGCAGGCAAAUGGAACAGUAUUGGCUGUUGGAGAGGGCAGCUAUGGGAGACUGGGCCAGGGUAACUCAGAUGACCUUUACACCCCUACCAUCAUCUCAGCUUUACAAGGCUACGUGGUGACUCAGCUGGUGACGUCAUACGGCUCGGACGGCCAUUCGCUGGCCCUGACAGAGACGGGUGAAGUGUUCAGCUGGGGUGAUGGGGAUUAUGGGAAACUGGGCCAUGGAAACACUGAAAGGCAGAGGAGGCCCAAGCAUAUUGAGGCUCUACAGGGGGAGGAAGUGGUGCAGCUGGCCUGUGGCUUCAAGCACUCAGCAGUGGUCACAGCAGAUGGGAAACUCUUCACCUUUGGAAGUGGGGAUUCUGGACGACUGGGUCAGAGAUCAACCUCAAACAAAAUGUUGCCAGAGAGAGUGUCUGCACUGGAGGGCUACCACAUAGGGCAGGUCUCCUGUGGAAUUAAUCACACUCUGGUGCUGUCAUCUGACGGGCUGACCGUGUGGGCGUUCGGUGAUGGGGAUUAUGGGAAAUUAGGCAUAGGGCCAUGCACGGUGAAAUGUUAUCCUCAGAAAGUGGAGGCUCUGUGCAGUAAGGGAGUAAAGAAGGUUGGAUGUGGAACUCACUUCUCUGUCGCGCUGGCCAAGGAUGGUCACGUGUAUACAUUUGGCCAAGAGCGCUUGAUUGGCCUGCCAGACUCCAUGCUGAAGAACCAUAACCGUCCUCAGGUGGUGCCUUCGCUGGAGGGAGUGUUUGUGGAGGACAUUGCCGUAGGCUGUGAACACAUCCUGGCACUCUCCUCCACAGGAGAUGUCUACGCCUGGGGCUGUAACUGCGAGGGCCAGCUGGGACUUGGUCACUCCAGUCCAGUUAAGGAGCCAACGCUGGUCACAGCUCUACAGGGAAAGAAUAUCCGGCAGAUCUCUGCUGGACGCUGCCACAGUGCAGCUUGGACCACACCAUCUCCCUCCAACAGAACCUCAGGAUCUGCUGGUGUGCAGCUGGGUCUCCCUCAGUCUAUACCUCCCCAGUAUAACACCCUGAAAGACUGCAGCCCUGACAUCCUCAGCACACGCUUACGGGUGCUCUACCACUUCUCUGACCUCAUGUACAAGUCCUGGAGGCUGCUAAACCUGGACCCUCACAACCAGGUGUCUGCCUCCCGCUACAGCUCAGGUACUGCAGCCAUUGUUCAGGGUCACCUCAGGGGACUCUUGUCCCCUAAAGUCAACGCACUGCCCCUGGUCCGCUGCAUAGCUAGAACCAUGACUCAAGGCAAGACCUACGGCCCACAGAUCACGGUCAAAAGAAUAUCUGCCAGGGGCCGCUCUAGCAAGCCCAUAUUUGUGCAGAUUGCAAAGCAAGUGGUGAACCUGAACCCCACAGAGCUGCGGCUCCCCUCCAGAGCGUGGAAGGUCAAACUUGUUGGGGAGGGGGCAGACGAUGCCGGAGGCGUGUUUGACGACACCAUCACUGAGAUGUGCCAGGAGCUGCAGUCUGGUGUUGUGGAUUUACUCAUUCACACCCCCAACAAUUCUGCAGAUGUGGGCAGCAACACUGACAGGUUCCUACUGAACCCGGCUGCAGUGUCAGAUGAACACACGGUGCAGUUCCGGUUUCUGGGUAUUCUGAUGGCUGUAGCCAUCCGUACAAAAAAGCCCUUGGACCUCCACCUAGCGCCAUGGGUGUGGAAACAACUGUGCUCUAUCCCUCUCAGUGGAGCUGACCUGGAAGAGGUUGACCUCCUGACCUAUCGUUCACUACAGGGUAUCCUGCACCUAGAGAACAGCGGGAUCACCGAGGAAAACUUUACUGUGAUGAUUCCUCUAGAUUCAUUUGUGGCUCACAGUGCUGAUGGGAAACUAGUCCCUGUGGUCCCUGGGGGACACAACAUCCCCCUGACCUUCUCCAACAGAACAGAGUAUGUGGAGCGAGCUCUGGAGUACAGGCUGCACGAAAUGGACGGCCAGGUCGCAGCCGUGAGAGAGGGCAUGUCUUCCAUCAUCCCAGUGCCUCUCCUCUCCCUCCUCACCGCUCGGCAACUGGAAGAACUAGUAUGUGGUUUGCCGGAGGUCUCUGUAGAGAUGCUUAAGAAGGUUGUGCGUUACCGUGACAUCACUGACAGCCACCAGCUGAUUGGUUGGCUGUGGCAAAGCUUAGAGGAGUUCACCAAUGAAGAGAGGGUUCUGUUUCUGCGAUUUGUGUCCGGCCGGUCCAGGUUACCGUCCAAUCCAGCUGACAUCACACAAAAGUUUCAGAUCAUCAAAGUUGAUCGGCCUAUAAAUGGCCUUCCAACAGCCCAGACGUGCUUCUUCCAGCUCCGCCUCCCACCCUAUACCAGCCAGGCAGUGCUAGCCGAGCGCCUGCGCUACUCCAUUCACAACUGUCCCUCCAUAGACAUGGACAACUACAUGCUAUCCCGAAACACAGACCACGCAGAUGGAUCUGACACUGAAUACUGAGUGGCCUCUCAAUAAGGAUACCAUUUCCUAAAAGCACAAAAGUUGGUCCUGGUGUCUUUUUUUCUGCCUCUG